AUGAACAUGCUCUUAUGUGAAGGUGAUGAAAAGGAGAUAUGUUGCUCGUCUGCCUAUAUUGAUGAUUUGAUCUUUACCGGCAAUAAUCCUACAAUGUUCGAGGAGUUCAAGAAAACGAUGACGAGAGAAUUUGAGAUGACGGACAUUGGUCUUAUGUCAUACUAUCUCGGGCUUGAAGUAAAACAACAAGAAAAUGGAAUAUUUAUAUCUCAAGAAGGAUAUGCGAAGGAAAUCCUUAAGAGAUUUAAAAUGGAGGAGUGUAAUCCGGCAAUUACUCCCGUGGAAUGCGGAAUCAAGCUAUCAAAGAUCGAUGAAGGCGAGAAGGUCAAUCCGACUCUUUACAAGAGCCUUGUUGGAAGUUGA